GUCUAUUAUACGGAUGGAGGCUACACAACAUUAGUAUGACUAAGACUGUGGGCUUAACGAAUGGUAUAGCCAUUUUAUUCUACACCCUGCAAUCAGUUUAUACAGGUACAACACAUACCAGUAAAACAUGCUAUGGACAGUAUGGCCUCCAAUGUACUCGGCAUGUGCUCAGCUGCAGCAGCAACCAGAAGAUCGCCAUCUAUGACGCAUAUUACACUGACAAUACAGAGUGUAGAACAGGUAUCUCUAGUUGCUCAGUGAACCCAGACAGUGUGACAGAACGUGGAUAUCACAGGUUCAACAACGCCGAGCUGGUCUCCCUCUACGACAACUGUUCAACAGAGACUCAGUGUGUGUAUCCUGCUCCCCGGCGUGGUGCAGCUCUUGCAUUCUCUGUUGUGAAAUAUCAGUGCAUUAAAGGUGUUGCCCGCCGUGACAUGUCUGAAACUGAUUCAUUGAACAUCAGUGGAGGGGUUGCAGUAGGCUUGUCUCAAGUCUCACUCACACAUGGAGAUAAAAGGAUACCAAGUUCAACACCACAAACCAACACUUGUUUGUGCACUUUCAAGUCUAAUGUCACCGCUACAAGCAUAUCAGUGUAUACUCUUGACGCGCGGUCAGGACGAGGAACUUCAGAGCGAUGCUUAUCAAAGUUGUCUGUCCUACCUGGGGAUGUCAUCACAACAAAUAAUUGUUCAACUCUGUUCAUACCGUUUGAGAGACUCAACGUAACAGCGGAGCUCCCGGUAUCGCUAUACUUCUCAGAUAUUAUGAGGCCGCCAUCAGCAUUAGUGUGGCUUCUGAUCAAUGCAUCAGACCCUUUCAAUGUGAAGUGCGAAACUGAAACAGUGACAAGCACAGUGGGAUUCAACACUGGGUCAACUGGGGGCAGAUCUCCUGUAUCCACCUCUUCACAAUUCCCAGCCGGUGUGUUUGUGGGAGGGGUGGCUGUCGGGGUUGUUAUUGUCAUCCUGAUCGGUCUUGCAGUGUACGUCUUCGUUGUAAGGCGUCGGUACGAUCUUACUGUGAAGAAACAAGGAGACGCCCCAGCUUCCAUUGAACACCCCACCUACUCAGGACUGUCAGCGGGAGCUGAUGUCAACAACUGUGACAUUAUUGAACAGACUUCCAAGUUUAAAGGGGAAACUGCACAUGAGGUGGCGGCUACUCAAGAUUACCAAAACCUUUGAUUUAUCACCAGUCAAUCAUUCUGUAAAUGUAACACAGACAAGAUAAUGACUCUAUGAUAAUCAUGUUAUGCUCAUUCGUGUCAUGUACUGGUUUCAGUUUGGCUCCAGCACAUGUGCAAUUAGUAUCUGGUCUUGGAGUAAUCCCGAGAGAAAAGUAGGGCUGUAUGCCCUUGAAAUGUAUAUGUCACACCCCUAGAUUUUCUUCUUCUAAAUUACUGUUAGGCUGUUACCACUAUGAUUGUGUACUAUAUGGAUCUCAGCCAGUGUGUGAAUUGAAUGAUUUCGCGAAAACUGGUAGCAUCACUAUUUUAUAGUCAUUCAGAAUCACAUAGUCAUGAUAUAGUCGGAAUCGUACAAUGGUUUCGCUUACUGCAGAUAUUUCGUAUAAUUAUGGAAAUAAUUUUGUCGCUCUGAUUUAUUGAACAGUAUUUAAGUUGCAACAAUAUUCUAGCUCCAUGUGAGGGGGAAAGCCAUAUAUUAACCACUGAUCUGAAACCCAGGAACAACGGUGUGGUGCUGAUAAGGAUAGUAAGGAAAAAAUCUGGAUUCAAACCCGCGAAAUGCGGAUGUUGGCGGACGUAAGGGACACAACUCUACAGUUUAUUGCCGCGCCUUUGACUAUUUUUUAAGGACUUACCUCAAAUCUUAUUGAGAUCACAAUAUAUAAGUGUAUUAUAUAUUUAAACGUUUUCGCCAUUUCGCAGUAGCUGUUUCUACAAUUUGUAUAUUUUUGUAAUAUUGGCUAUAACUCCAUAUGUAUACUGUAAUCGGCCUUUUUAAUAAUGCUUGAAAUAAAUACCGACACUACAUGUA